AUGGGCAAACCCCGCGUCUCGUACUUCUACCACCCGGAGGAAGGCAACUUUUACUACGGCCCAGGCCACCCCAUGAAGCCCCACCGGCUCAAGCUCGCCCACCACCUCGUACUCAACUACGAUCUCUUCCGCAAAAUGGAAGUGUUUCAACCGCACUGGGCGUCGGCGGAAGAAAUCAAGGCCUUCCACGCCGCCGACUAUGUCGACUUUCUUCAAAAAGUGAGCCCGUCGACUGAAAAAUCGAUGCAGACUCUAGUCGACAAGUACAACAUGGGCGAGUUCUCCGACUGCCCCGUCUUUGACGGCGUCUUCAACUUUAGUCAAAUCUCGGCCGGCGGCUCGUUGGAUGCGGCGUACCGCCUCAACCAAGGCCUCAGCGACAUUUGCAUCAACUGGGCCGGUGGGCUGCACCAUGCCAAGAAGGCCGAAGCGUCCGGCUUUUGCUACAUCAACGACAUUGUGCUCGGUAUCCUCGAGCUCCUCAAGUACCACGCCCGCGUAUUGUACAUUGACAUUGACGUCCAUCACGGCGACGGUGUCGAAGAAGCGUUUUACGUCACGGACCGCGUCAUGACGGCGUCGUUCCACAAGACCUCGGUCGUCCUCGAGGAGCAAGUGAGCAACGACAUUCCGUUCAACGAGUACUUUGAGUACUACGCCCCCUCGUUCAAGCUCCACUUGGACCCGAACCCGGAGCUCGAGAACUGCAAUCGCCGCACGUAUCUCGAAGACAUCAAGAUCAAGGUGUUUGAACACCUGCGCAUGCUCAAGGGCGCGCCGAGCGUACAGAUGCAAGCGGUGCCACCCGACUACAUGGCCCGCGAAGCCGACGAGGACGCGACGGACCCGGAGUCGCGCGCCGACCACGACCCGACGCGGCGCGCCCACAGCGCCGAGUUCUACGCCAACGACAAGGACACGCAUGGCGCCGACGACGUCGACAUGGCGAUCGACUAA